AUGUAUUCCAAUUCAAAAGGUGGAUCAACUAUCUAUAAUAAUGGUGUUGAUAAAAAAUAAUAUUAAGGGUAAUUAGCUUAAACUUAAAAGUAAUGUGAAAAAUAAGAAUAAGUAGAAAUUCAAUAUUUUAUUUAUUAAGACCUAUAAAACUUAAUAAAUAUAAUAUAUUAAAGAAAAGCUGUUCUUGAGUUUUUCAAAAAUAAUCCUACCCAUGAGAUGAUUACAUAGAGUAAUAAUAAAUUAAUUUUAUAAUUAAAUUUAUCAAAAGCAAUACAUUUUGAUUAAUAUUAAUAAUAUAAGGAACAACCCUAAUUGUUUAAAUUUUUAAGGGAAGAAAGAAGUAAAGCUUAUACAAUACUUAAUGAGAUGAUUGACAAUAAGGAUUAAUUUUUAAAAGGUAAUUAAAGCAAUGAGGUUGUCAUACCAACAUACUUAAAAAAAUACAAAGAACAAUACAAAACAUAAGAUUUUAAGAUGAAUGAUUAGAUUCCAUUAUAAGAAACAAAUUAAGUAGCAAAAUUUGAUGAAGGAAUACUAUAGAAAAUAAUUUCAUCAAUUUAAAACACUGAUAAUCAGAUUGAUUAAAUAAGAAGGAAUAAAUCUUAUAAAGUUCCUGAUCAAAAAGAAAUUCUAUAAAAUGCAAAGUAUUACUUUUAUAUUAUUUUAGUAAUUAUUAUAAUUGGACGUCAUAAUAAUUAAAGCAAAAUUUUUCAAUGCUAAAUCCAUAAGAUAGUUAAAAUACAAAAUAGGAUAAUUCAUAGUAUAAAUAAAGUAGAAUAUAAAAUAUAGGUUAAGAAAUGGAUUAAAAAAUCCCCUAAUCAGUUUAUGACGAAAAACAGAACCAUAAUUCUUAAUAGGGUAAAGGGAUUUUUGAGAAGGAAAAAUUAAUAGGUUUUAUCAAUUUCUUAAGAUAAUAAAAUCCCAUCCCAUCCAAUAAAUACCCUUCCCAUAAUAAAACUCAUUUCCCUGAAACCCCUUUGAACAAUAAAUAAUAACAUGAUAAUGAUUAAAUACAAUGGGCAGUAAAGUUUGAAAAGUAAUAUCUAUUGUAACAAUUAAAAGAUCUACAUAAUUAUUUCAAUUUAUUUACGGAAUAUUAAAAAUAAAUCAAAGGUCCAGAAACUGGAUAAAUAGAUGAGAAAGUAGUUAAAACUCUAAUAAACAAUGAUAUGAAAUAAAAAAAAGAUGGUCAAACUUACAUCUUAGAUUUAGAUGGGUUUAUGAAUUAUUGUAAAGAUCAAAUCGAACCAUCAAGUAGUUCUAAUUAAAAUUACCCUACAACUGAUCAUUAGAAUUCAGGAAAAAAGACAGGCCACUUGUAAAAUCAAUAAGUAAAUUAAGAAUAUGAUAAAGAUCAAAUUUACAAAUUUUAUGAAUGGUUUUGUGCUUAUUAUAAAAUAAAAUGAACCAAUAUAAGAAAUGAAAUAAUAUUAAAAUAUGAUAUAAUUAAU